CGUAAGCUCAGUAUAAACACGACAUGCUAGCACUACGCUACAUAUUGUUAAUCGUGCUCAUCUUGGGUAUUAACUGUGUGUCAAGCGCUCCGGCUACAGCUGAAGCGCGCCGAGCAAGACGUCAGAUUGAUUUGACUCUGUCGGCAGAGCACGAUGACAAGGAUGCUGAAACUGAGCUAGCUUUGGAAGCUAUUGCGGGACUCUGGAGCAGCGCAGACAGUCGCACCAAAAUUGAUGGCUCUGCCAGGGUGGUGCAUCGCAGCAAUGGAUUAGAAACGGGUUCGGAGCAGGAUUGGCGCUUAGGCGUGCGUGUCGUCUUCACUUAGAGUCUGGACGAGCAGACAUAUUGACCGAUUGCGUGCGGCUUACAAUUAAACUCAAUUGCCAUGAUCCCCGCUUAAUGAUAACAUUUUUGACCUUUCGCUGUGAAAAAAUAUAUAUACAUUAUUUUCUUUUGUAAAUUGCAAA